AUGAUUUUUGAGAAUUAUGUAAUUACAUUGGAUUUAGGUACAAACGUUUCAUAUAGUGAGAAAAAUGAAAUUGCAAAGUUUAUCAAAAACAAUGGUGGACAAGUAGAUUUAUCUGUUAGUUCACGUUGUACUCACCUCAUUGCUUCAACCGAUAAUAUCGUAUCAGGUUUUAAGGCAAAGACUGCUUAUAAAUUGCCUUCCUGUACCGUAUUAUCAGAUCAAUUCAUCCAUGAUGCCAUCAGUUCCAAUAGUUUUCCUGACAUCUUUCCAUAUUUAUAUAUCAAUGGACAGAAAGCAGACAGUAUCAUACCAUCGGAUUAUCAAUCUUUCAUUUCAGACUCUUUACAAAAUACUUUUAAUGAUGUAAAGACAUUGUCAAAUUAUUUGAAAGAACAAGAAAAGAUUCCAAAAUCCAAUAACAACAACAACCUUCCAAAUACAACUCAAACUGCAAAUGCUAUAAAUACUUCACAACCAUCAAAGAUCUCACCAUCAACCACCUCCACCACCACUGCAACAUCAAAAUACUCUACAUUAUCAUCACUUUCAUCUUUAUCUUCACCUUCUAAAUUAUCAUCUUUUUCUUCAUUAUCCGCUAAAUCUGUUCCAACAUCUUCAUUAUCUUCAUAUUCAACAUUAUCUUCUUUAUCAUCUCCAUCUAAAGUUUCAUCUUUAUCUUCUUUUUCAGCAAAGCCAUCAUCUAUUUCUACUACAACUUUUUCAUCAACCUCUUCUUCAUCUUCAUCAUUGAGUUCAAUUUCAUCACCUGCCAAGAGUAUUCGUAGUUCAUUGACUACUGCUACCUCUACUUCUUCUACCACAACAUCUUCUUCAUCAUCAACAUCGUCUUCUUUAUAUUCCUCUUUUCUUGCCAAGAAAGAGCAGUUGGAAAAGAAGAAGCUUGAAAAUGAGGAGCUGUUGGAGAAGAAGCGUCAGGAAAAGUUGAAUCAAGUCGCAGAGAAGAACAAGGAGAAGCAAAGCUUAUUGGAUCAAAAGAUUCAAGAGAAACAAGAGAGAAUCAGAAAGCAAUUGUUGGAAAAGGAAGCAAAAGCUGAACAAGAGAAAUCCAGAAGAAAGAAUGUCUUGACAACUUUGAACACUGCAACCUCAAAGUCUGUCGGACAACCAAGCAGCUAUGCUCAAAUCAUCGAGAAGGAGAGACAAGAACAAAAAGAGCGUGACAAGAAGGAGAAGCAAGAGAGAGCCAAGCGCAUCGUUGAGGAACAGCGCAGCAAAAAGGCAGCUGCCAAGGAAGCUCGUAUCAAGGAGCUCGACGACGAGCGUGCCAACAAGCUCAGCGAGAAGGACAAGCGUCGUCAAGCCUUCAUCGAGAAGGAAGCCGCCGACAAGAUUGCAGCCGACAAACAAAAGGCCGAAGAGAAGCAAAAGAGUUUUAUUGCUUUUCUCGAGCGUCAAGAGCGUCGUGCCGCCAAACUUCGUUCUCAAACCGCCGAUGACAAAGCUGCGAUGUAUCGCGAUGAAGCCAAUCGUAAAUCCAUUGAUCUUCGCAAGGUUUUCGUUGGUGGACUGACAUUCGAAGACAUCCAAUCGAGUCCACAGUUGUUCCUCACCAAAGCAAAGAUCGAAUCCUACCGACAGAAGCGUGUUAGCUUCUUGUUGGAGGUGUUCAAUCGUUUCGGUAAGGUAGUCGAGAGAAAGGUCACCAUUGAGAAAGGACAUUUCUUUGUCACCUACGAGAGUGAACAUUCUGCCAAUGAGGUCGUCACCUUCUUUUCCGAUUCCAACAAUAGAUUAGCUACUGUCAAUCAGAUCAAAGAAAAACUAAAGGAUCUCAAAAAACCAAUUUUAAUUGCUCCAUCACAUAAAUUCUAUGUUAGAAGAACCAAGGUAACUGGAAUUGCUCAUGUUGCCAUAGUCCCAUCAGAGGUUCAACCAACCAAACCAAUUUCAUCCAAUUCAUCACCUAUACUCGCUCCCCAAAAUGAACGCCCCCUUUUACAAAGUCUUGAAUCAAUUGUAUCACCUAACAACCAAGAUCAAGCUCAAGUUGAAGAGCCUUUGCUCGAUCAACAAUCAAUGUCUGAACAAAACCAACCAGAACAGGAACAAGAACAACAAGAACAAUUACAAGAAGAAUUACAAGAAGAAUUACAAGAAGAAUCAGAGGAAGAAGAAGAAUCAGAAGAAUCAGAUCCUGAUUAUGAUUCAGACUUUGAUAUCGAUUUAUGUAUUAGUUAA